GAGGUUGUAAUCAGGUACCCGAUACCCGUAUCCUACCCGUACCAGGCUGGGUACACGGGUAGGGUACGGGUACGGCCGGGUACCUGUUUGCGACCCUGGUGCGGCCGGGUACGGGUAAGGAAUCAAAACCCGUUUGCGACCUCUGCGCCUGGGACAGGCGAGUGGGUGGUCGCGAAACGUCGUUUCUUUGUCGUCACUCAGUCGGCUUUGUCGUGGCGAGAAUGCGUGUUGAGUUGUGGCGGUAACCACAGCCGGGAGGACACGGGGGCGACCACCGGUGCGGCGACUGCUCCCAAACUCGCCGGCGAAGGGGGAUGACCACCACGACCACCGCGACCACCGCGACCACCACGGCCAGCGACACGUGGGACGAGUCCGGCGACCCCGGGCGCGUCCAUCCCCUGGCGGCCCUCGCCUCGUCCGAGGAGUUCGCGAGGACGCGGUACCGCGACACGAGCCGCCUCGUCUGGGAGCGCCAGCGGCGCGAGGAGGCGACGUCCAGCCGGGCGCAGCUGGAGGGGAGCUACCUCGUGCGCAAGUGCGGCGUGUGGACGGGCGAGCGGGGCAACCAGGCCGUGCUGGUGCGGGGCCGCCCGCCCGCUGGGGCCAACCCCGCCAAGUCCGCAGUGUGCAGCCUCAUGUGACGAGCGGGUUUUUUGGGGUGUGGGGGGACACACCGUGGAUUUUUAUAACUUUGAAGUUGGGGGGUGGGGAAGAUGCGUUCGCUCGUUCACUCGACCACUCAUUCACUCAACCACAAAACCACCCACUUAACCACUCGCUCGUUCACUCAACCACUCAUUCACGGAACCACAAAACCACUCACUCAUUCACUCAACCACUCAUUCACGUAACCACAAAACCACUCACUCAUUCACUCAACCACUCAUUCACGCAACCACAAAACCACUCAUUUAUGCAACCACAAAACCACUCAUUCACGCAACCACAAAACCACUCACUCAUCCACUCACUCAUCCACUCAACCACUCGCUCAUUCACUCACUCAACCACUCGCUCAUUCACUCACUCAACCACUCGCUCAUUCACUCACUCAACCACUCGCUCAAUCACUCAACCACUCAUUCACUCAACCACACACCCGCUCGCUGGUCCACUCGCUCAGCGAAUGAGCGAUGCCAUUCACACAACAGAGUGGGCAGGGACGCCGUGCGUGCGAAACAAAAACGAACUUUAUUAAAUAUAUAAACAGUCAA